AGGCCCCUGGAGGGGGAUGUGGGAAUGGGGAGGUCCUCCCCGCCCACCCACCCCUCCCCCCGCCCCGAGGCCGAGCUGGAUAGAAAGCCAGUCAAAUCACCCUGCUGUGGGAGAUGCAGCCGCCCUGUGCUGGUGGGCGGGGAGAUCUCUGACACCGCUGCCCGCAGUGUCGCCAUCCUCUUAUACCUGAGCUGCGAGUUCCAGACGGCGGCACACUGGUACCCGCCCGAGCUGCAGGCCCGCGCCCGCGUGGACGAGUACCUGGCGUGGCAGCACGCCGCCAUCCAGCUGCCCGCCACCAACGUCGACCUGUGCGAGCUGGAGGAGCUGUUGGGGAAGCUGACCCGCACUCUGCAGCACCUGGAUCGGCAAGUGCUGGCGGCCAGGCCCUUCCUGGCCACUGAGCAAGUCUCCCUGGCGGAUCUGAUGGCAUUCAGGGAGCUGAUGCAGCCCACUGCAGUCGGCUGCGACCUCUGCCAAGACUGGCCCCGGCUGGCAGUGUGGCAGGCCCACGUGGAGGCUGUCCUGGGCCCCGAGCUCGUUCAGGAGGCCCACAGGCUCGUGCUCCAGCCUCGGGACCACCGAGAGGCCCAGUUGGACCCCCAGCUGGCCCAGAAGCUGGUGCAGCGGCUGCAGGAACGGCUCCGCUGAGAGGGGUGAGCCCGUAUCCGUCACUCUGCCGUCCACAGUAAACACGCUGUGUGCCCCACACUUGUCUCCAGCCUCUCUCUGCCCCACGUGGGGCCUCCCCAUUUCCAAGCAGACAGGAAUCUCCCAGGAUCACCCAGCACGAGUGAGCAGCACUCAGGCCUCCCCGCGGGUGUCUAGUUACCUCCCUCACCACUGGGUGCUGAGUUCCAGGUGCACGGCCACUGCCUGUCCCAACCCCGUUUCUGGGCUCCUCUGCAUCUCACAGCCUGGCUGGCCCCCCUUGACUCCCCGUGGUGUUGUCCCCAACACCCUGACGUCUCCCCACGCCCCUGUUUCUCUUUCUCCCAAUCCUUUCCUAGCCACGGUUCAGGCUAGGUUCACCUGAGAAUGUUCCACAUUCUCUGUUCUGGAAUCUUCCAGGGGUUCUCAUCGCCCCACCCUCCUUCUGGACCCCGCAAAGCCUCUUUGGUCGCGUUCCACAAUGAAGGCCUGGCCCCGAGAAUUCCCAUGUGUAAGCAGACACGGCCACAGGCCGCCAG